AUGAGAUUUCUGAUUGUUGCCGCCGCCGUCCUCGCCUGCGCCGCAGCCGCACCCUCGGGUGCUCUGCUGGCACCUUAUGGCCACGGUCUGGGACUCGCCCACGGAGGUCUAGGACUCGCCCACGGUGGACUCGGUCUCGCCCACGGCGGGCUCGCGGUCGCCCACGCCGCUCCCCUGGCCGUCGCCCACGCCGUAGCGCCCACCAUCCCUCCUGGUGACAUCGCCGGAGCCGCCAUCGACGCUCAUGUCGAAGCUGUCGACCACGCCCGCGCUGUCGGCGACCAGGCUAACGAGCUCCACGGACAGGCCAUCAACGCUGCUGAGGACCACGCCUGGCAGGCGGUCGAUGCUGCUCAGACAGCACAAGCUCAGGUCGACGGUGCCGCUGCCGGUGUAGCUCCCAACGUAGCCCGCCAACUGGUCGGACAUGGAGCUGUCGCCCACGCUGCACUCGCCGCCCCAGCACUUGCCCACGGAGCUCUUGUAGGUCCAGCCCUCGCUCACGGAGCCCUGGCCGCCCCAGCGCUCGCCCACGGAGCCCUAGUCGGUCCCGCCCUCGCCCACGGAUACGCCGGCAGCCAUUCCGUCGCCACUUCAUCCCUAUCCCAGACCCACCCCGCCCCGAUCGUCCACGCACCAAUCGCGUACGGCGCCCACGGACUCGCCCACGGACUUGCCCACGCUUGGUAA